GGAACCCACAGAGUAUGUGCAUGAAUGCUACUCUGUGGAGAAAUACUUGAAGGCUUAUGCAUAUGGCUUAGAGCCUAUCAAUGGGGAAAAAAUGUGGCCAAAGGGUGUUGGUUAUCCAGUGCAACCUCCAUUGAUUAGGGCUAUGCCAGGAAGACCAAAAAAGAAGAGGAGAAGAGAUGUAGAUGAGAGGGAUCCAAACAACAACACAAGGCUGAAAAGAAUUGGGAUUAGGAUGACAUGUCAAAACUGCCUUCAAGUUGGUCACAAUGCAAGGUCUUGCAAAAACGAAAAAGUGGUCAGAGAAGAAGGAAAUCAGGUUGGAUUAUUAACUUAAAUUUGUAAUCUGCCAUUGUCUUAAUUUUCUUACAUGAUAAAUGAUUGAAUUUUACAGAAGCCAAGAGGUAGGCCAAGGAAGCAUCCUCUCACAUGCAGUGAGAGACCUACAAAGGAGAGGAAGCAGCGCAUCACAAAGAAAAAUGCUACAUCAGCCAUGAAUGAAGACACUGCUCCAACUCCUACCUCAACUGAUCCUGCUUCUACUGGUCCAGCCCCCACCUUACAUUCAACAACACAUGCAAAUGCUUCCACAAGCACAAUCAUGAAAGAAAGAAACACGGCCUUAAAAGGACUUGGGGUAUAUGUUGCUCAAGGGACAGGGAACAUAUAUGUCAAUAUGUCUUCAAGGAGUGCCCGAGGAACUUUCGUGCCACCCCGUCCCAACACAAGGUCUACAACCAGUGGAAGCCAAGCAUCUGGAGUAGGAUCCUCCAACACACAAUCUGCUCCAACUGCCCCAACAGGGUCCGCUCCAACACAAGAAUCACAAGGAACCUAAGCACUAGAUCAGUCCAUUUUGUGUUUGUAAAAUGUUGAUGAAACAAAUUCAGUGACUGUUUGCAAAUGUUAUGUACUAUUAACUUAUGAAUACUGUUGUGUUUUUUGGUUGGCAGAUCAUCUUCUAUCAAUGAAUCCUUAUUUCA